CACGUGCGGUAGGAAGUAGCUCUGCCUUUCCGCUCCGCUUUCAGGACUUUCUCAACGUGGAGCUAUGGGAGGUCUGGAAAAGAAGAAGUAUGAACGAGGCUCUGCCACCAAUUAUAUCACCCGAAACAAAGCUCGGAAGAAGCUGCAGCUGAGCCUGCCUGAUUUCAGGCGGCUGUGCAUCCUGAAAGGUAUUUAUCCUCAUGAACCCAAGCAUAAGAAGAAAGUUAACAAGGGUUCCACAGCAGCCCGAACAUUUUACCUUAUCAAAGAUAUUAAAUUCCUCCUCCAUGAACCCAUCGUCAACAAGUUCCGAGAGUACAAGGUGUUUGUCCGGAAGCUCCGCAAAGCCUAUGGAAAGAGCGAAUGGAAUGCUGUAGAGCGCCUCAAGGACAAUAAACCCAGCUACAAACUGGACCACAUUGUCAAGGAGCGGUACCCCACAUUUAUCGAUGCGUUGCGCGACCUCGAUGAUGCCCUGUCCAUGUGCUUCCUCUUUUCCACCUUCCCUCGGACGGGCAAGUGCCACGUACAGACCAUCCAGCUGUGCCGCCGCCUCACCGUGGAGUUCAUGCACUACGUCAUUGCUGCCCGAGCCCUGCGCAAGGUCUUCCUGUCCAUCAAAGGCAUCUACUAUCAGGCUGAGGUGCUGGGUCAGCCCAUCGUGUGGAUUGCACCCUACGCUUUCUCCCAUGAUCAUCCAACAGAUGUGGACUACAGAGUCAUGGCCACCUUCACUGAGUUCUAUACCACUCUCCUGGGCUUCGUCAACUUCCGCCUCUACCAGUCACUCAACCUUCACUACCCACCCAAGAUCGAAAGUCAAGCCCAAGCAGAGAUGAAGGUCAGCGAGGACACAUAUGCACUGGACUCCGAGAGCUCUAUGGAGAAACUGGCUGCCCUCAGUGCCAGCCUGGCCCGAGUGGUGGUGCCUGCUGUAGAGGAGGCUGAAGCCGAUGAGUUUCCCACUGACGGGGAAGUGACAGCACAGGAGGAAGAUCGAAGGAAAGAGCUGGAGGCUCAGGAAAAGCACAAGAAGCUCUUUGAAGGCCUGAAGUUCUUCCUGAACCGAGAGGUGCCCCGUGAAGCGUUGGCCUUCAUCAUCAGGAGUUUUGGUGGGGAUGUAUCCUGGGACAAGUCUUUGUGCAUCGGAGCCACCUAUGACAUCACAGACUCUGGCAUCACCCACCAGAUUGUUGACCGGCCGGGGCAGCAAACCCCCAUCAUUGGCAGGUACUACGUACAGCCCCAGUGGGUGUUUGACUGUGUGAAUGCCCGACUCCUCCUCCCUGUGGCAGAGUACUUCCCUGGGGUGCAGCUGCCCCCACACCUUUCACCCUUCGUGUCUGAGAAGGAAGGAGAUUACAUUCCCCCUGAGAAGCUGAAGCUCCUGGCUUUGCAGCGGGGAGAAGACCCAGGAAACUUGGAAGAGGAAGAGGAAGACGAGGAUGAUGAAGACGAUGACAACGAAGGUGACGGUGAUGUUGCAGUGGAAAACGAGGAAGAUGUGGAAGCUGAGUCAGAGGAGGAGGAGGAGGCGCACCUGUCAGCCUUGGAGCAGCAGAGGCUGGGAGGGAAGAAGCCCCAGGUUAUGGCCGGCACUGUGAAGCUGGAAGACAAGCAGCGGCUGGCCCAGGAGGAAGAAAGUGAGGCCAAGCGCCUGGCCAUCAUGAUGAUGAAGAAGCGAGAGAAGUACCUUUACCAAAAGAUCAUGUUUGGCAAGCGGCGCAAAAUCCGAGAGGCCAACAAGCUUGCAGAGAAGAGGAAAGCCCAUGACGACACUGUGAGGUCUGAGAAAAAGGCCAAGAGGACAAGACCUGUGUGAGCUCCAGUCGUCCCUCACUGAAAUUUGGACUUGGCAGAAGCAGCUAGCGAAACACAGACACAUCAGCCAGCACUGUCAUGCUUUCGGUGGUGUGUGGCCAGCCCCAGCCUCCUGUGUGGUUCAUGCCAUUGUCUGGGCAAAGGGGACUGUGCCCGACCCAGUCUUAACCCAGGAAUCCAUCUGACAUCCUCAUUUUCCUUAGCUUUCUACAGCCUCCUACAUAGCUGACCGUCCUAUGCUCAGGAUGCUGUCGAGGAGUGAGGGUGGGAAGCUUUUGUUAUUAAAUGGUUGAAUCUUUGCAGCCAAUUGGA